AUGACAAUGUGGAUGGGGCGCGCUUCGGAGACCGGGCCCCCCGCGGUCCCGGGGAUGCAGCGCAAGAAAACGCAGCCCCGCAGCCUGGAGCCGCCAGACUACCACCCCACGGUGAUGUCGCCCGGGGACCAGAAGAAGCGGCUUUCUGAGCUGAAGGCCGAGGCGGAGGCCACGGCGCUGAAAAAGCUCCAGGACGAGGAAUUUGCGAAACGAGGACCCAGCGACCUUGACGGCGAAAGCAAGGACUCCCACCCGCACCACGCGGGCGAGGGGCUGCUCGCGGGGUUACUGGGCUCCGCACCGUCGCACGCGGAAAAACCGUCCCAUCUGUCGCAGCACGAGGUGAUCGGCCCGGACGGGGAGGUGGUCAAAAUCAAGGACGAGGAGGAGACCAAUAUCCCGAAAGCAAUUCUGACGCGGGGCAACACCGCGGCAUUGUUGGGAGACAGCGGCAAGAGCCGGCUCGGGGGGAACAAAAGUAGUACUCCCUCCCUCUCGCGCGCAAUGACGACGGACAAGCGUGUGCUUGAACAGGCGGUCCAGGACCAGGGGUUAUCGCUAAAACAGGUCGGGGCGCUGGAUUUGGAGGAUGCGGACGAGUUGCUGGCCGCCGCGGAACGGCGACAGCACAAGACGAAGUUCACCGGCGACUUCGCGAUUUACUGGCUAAAAGGGCGGAUCUACGCACAGCAGUUGCUGCUGACGCAGAAAUUCGACUUGAUCAUCGGGUUCGUGAUUUUAGUGAAUUCCGUCACGAUCGGGUGGGAAACGCAGGCGGAGGUGAAAAACGAAGACACGACGGCUUUUGUCGUUUUGGAACAUUUGUUUUUGGUCAUCUACUCGUUCGAGCUCUGGCUUCGCUUCUACGCCUUCGGGUGGCGGUGCCUGAAAUCCGGCUGGGUCAUGUUCGACGCGGUUUUGGUAGGUGUCGGGAUUUUGGCGAAUUGGUUUCUACCCAUCAUGUUUUCCCAUUCCCCUGACGAACUGGGGCCGAUAUUGGUGUUGCGCGUGCUCCGGUUACUUCGACUGGCCAGGGCGGUGAGACUUCUGAUCGCGUUCCGGUCUCUUUGGAUGUUGGUCAGGGGGCUGUUAACGUCCGCGACCACGAUGUCCUACACGGUGGUGUUGAUCUUCCUAUUGAUGUAUGUGUCUGCGGUUUUGGCGGCGGAGGUGAUCACGAAGAACCGGGAUUUGUACUUGGACGACGCGGAAUUGUUGCACAUUGUGGAUAAUAACUUUUCCGGCUUGUUCGUCAUAAUGGUCACUCUCGUGCAGUUCGUGACGCUCGAUUCCGCGGGGGCGAUCUAUCUCCCCUUGAUCAAGCGGGAACCGGCUCUUGCAUUAUUCUUCAUGGCCUUCAUCCUGAUCGUCUCGAUCGCCUUGAUGAACCUCGUGACCGCCGUGAUCGUCGAGGGUGCGAUCGCGCAGGCCGAGGCGGACAAGGAAGUGCAAUUGGCGUAUAAAGCGGAGAGGCUGCAGCGCAUGAUGCCGGAAUUGCGGGCGAUGUUUGAGCUGUUCGACGAGGAUCAAUCCGGGGAGUUGACGAAGGAGGAAAUGGUGUCCGGGUUGGAGUCUAAUGAAGACUUGAAGAAUGAACUGUCCUUCAUCAUGGGAACGGUAGAUCCAGAAUCGUUAUUCGAGAUGUUGGAUACGGACGGCGGCGGGAAGAUUUCCAUCGAUGAGUUCUGCACGCAGAUUGUGAAAUGUGUCACGUCCGCGAGACCGAUCGAGUUGGAGCGGAUUUUGAAAUUGGUUCGGGACGUGCCGGUAAUCCGGAAGGAAAUGAUGGAAAUCAAGCACGCGGUCCACGACGACGACACGCAUUUCGGUGGUGGAGGGGGUGGAGGUCACAGCCCCGGCGGGGAUGGCGGAAGCGGGCCCUCGGCGGGGAUUCACCACGAGAAGAUGACAGCGCCCAGCGGUGUGAACCCGAAGGACAAGAGGAAACACGUUCACUCGUCAGCAUCGCACGGAAAAACGUCGCCUUCAGGGUCGCCGACUGCUGCGGUUGUGCCUACCGCGGGGUUCGUCCGACCUGGGCAGAAAAUGUCUGCGGCGCAGGCGCAGCAGCUGUCGGAGACGAUGAACGCGUCGAACGAAAAGAUUACGGAGAGAUUGAACGAGGUCAGCGGCCAGAUCAACCACUUGAAUUUGCGGCUGAACGGGAUCGAGGGAGCGCUGCAGACAAUCCUGCGGGCGGUGGUGGGUGAGGAGACGAGAAAUUCGGUGGAUUUCACGAGCAAGAUGAGUGACUUCUUCGGCUUCGGAUUCGAAAGAACGACAGUAGGUGCAGCGGCGCAGAAUAACGAUGGCACUACUAGUAGUGCACAGCAGCAGGCUGCGGAAGAGCUGUUGGUCCGCAGCAGACCGGUGACACCGAAGUUCAAGCCCGAGGGGGAGCAAGAGAAGCCGCCACCUGCGGACGCGUCCACAGAUCCGAUCAUGUCCGGGGAAGCGUUCGCGCCGCCGACAGAGAUGGACGGGUGGGAGCGGCCGAAAGCGCUUGAACAAGUGGAAGAAGAAGAGCGUGCGGCGGUACCUGAGGAAGAAGUACUCCCAGAAGUAGUGCCAGCCUUGGAUCCGGACCCGAUUCCUGCUACCGUAGUAGAGCCUGCGGUUGUUGAAGCCGAUCCACCGAUGCAGGGCUGGUCCAAACCGAAGGUGAAAAGGGGGUUGAUGCACACACCGGUGCAACUUCCGCCCUCUGCGGAAUCCACCGCAGCCAACACGCGGAGCAGUUUGAAGGCAAAGACGAAACCGGGGCUAAUAGCCACGCCGAUCAUCUUGCCACAGUCGCCGAAGGACGGUGUGGUCGGAAGUGGUGCUGCUGCUGCUACAUCCUCGAAAACAAGUGCGCUUGAAGAUGGAGAUCCUGCUGCUGGGACCGUGCAAAAGAAGGCCGAAGACUACCACCCACCGGCGCACUCAUUCACGAAGAAGAAUCCCUCCUACCACCCGCCGCCGCAACCGGGCGACGCUCCUGCGUCUUCAUCUUCCAAAACAGGGGCUCCGGAUGAAAUAGACACGGCGUCUGCGCAAAAGACCGAAGAAUACCACCCACCACCCCACUCUUUUACCAAGAAGAACCCGUCAUACCACCCGCCACCCGCUCCGAAGAAGGAAGAGGGCGUGUCCCCGAAAAGUGUUUCUUUCACUUUGAGUGAAAAAGACCCCGCGUCGAAGCAGUCAGCCACGAUUUCGGAGGGGAAGGCGGCAGAUGGGGGCGGCAAAACAAGCGGUCAGCAUCACCACCACCACCAUCAUCAUUCGGAUGAUCCGAACCACAAACACCAUCACCACCACCACGAGAAAAAGGAAGAAAAGGGGGUGGACCGAGCAAGUUUGACGAAGCUCGCCAGAGACUUUGAUGAUUUGGAGGAGAUAUGAACAUGCGGGUGACCGCACGAUCAUUGACUUUUUCUGGAUAUAAAUAUUCAUUUAAGUGCAUUUGAUUUGGUUGCCUCUUACGCUACGUACCCAUCACUUCUACAGUGCCCGGUAUUUCUGUGUUUGUAUUUUUCGCCCUCUCGUCGGAGUGCUUCUGCUUCUGCUGCUGACCUCCGUGAUACGAAGUUAACUGAUGGACGAGAAGUGUGUCGAUCGUUCCGUAUGUACUGACAGACCCCGAUGAAUACUACACCGUUGGCUUUACCAGCCGACUUGCUGUGCAUUUCCGCAGCUUUGCUCGUAUGCAAAAACACUAUAAGAUGAUAUGAAAACCAAAAUUUGAACAAAUGCGCAGUGAUUAAGUCAGAUGGAAUCGAAG